UACCGUGCUUGGUAUCUACCUGUAUUCAAUGCUAUCGGUAAAACAAGAGAAAUUUUUAGACGAUUUCGAAGAGCCACGAAAAGUUGAUUUGCCGGAGAAACAAUAAUAUAAAUUUACCCUGUUCCCAUUUCAGUUAUAUAAUAAUCAUUGUGAAAAAUGUCUCCAUCAACUGCUGUUAAUUCGAUUGCUAAGUCUGGUGCUCGACUUCCACCAUUGCCAACAAUCCGUGAUUUAGUGCGAUUGUACAAGCUGAGAGCAAUCAAACAACUCUCGCAAAAUUUCCUAAUGGACGAAAGGUUAACUAAUAAAAUUGUGCGUGCUGCGGGAAACAUAGCUGAUAAUCACGUGUUGGAGGUUGGGCCUGGCCCAGGAGGCAUAACCCGAUCUAUCAUUAGAAUGUUUCCACGUCAACUUGUUGUUGUUGAGAAGGACAGACGUUUUCUGCCAACGUUACAGCUGUUGUCAGAAGCUUCAAAGGAACUUCUCCAGAUGGAUGUCGUUUGUGGAGAUAUACUGGAUUACCGUACUGGAGACGCAUUUCCUGAUUGCCCUAGAACAGACUGGCAGGGUAAACGAGCACCUGUACAUAUAAUUGGUAAUUUACCAUUUGCAAUUUCUACCCGUCUGUUGAUAAACUGGCUUCGGGAAAUGAGUUUACAAACAGGUGCUUGGUCUUAUGGGCGCAGCAGUCUAACAUUGACCUUUCAAAAAGAAGUAGCGGAACGCAUAGUCGCCCCAAUUUUGGCUGAAAAUCGGUGCCGGCUUUCGGUAAUGAAUCAAAUCUGGAGCCGGGCAGAAAUGAAAUUUCUCAUACCCGGAAAAGCAUUUGUACCCAAACCGGACGUCGAUGUAGGCGUAGUCACCAUCAUCCCGCUGAAAAAACCUCUCACCACCGUUCACUUUGAUGUUGUGGAGAAAGUUAUUCGUCAUAUAUUUUCGAUGCGUCAAAAGUACUGUCGUCGGGGCGUCGAAAAUCUGUAUCCACCUGAAAGACGUGAUGAGCUUACCGAGCUGACGUUUCGCAUGGCGGAUGUUGAUCCUUUGGCCCGAUCCUUUCAGCUAUCGACAGAAGAAUGUUUGAGAAUAGCUGAAGCGUACGAUGAGUUGAUAAGAUUCAAUCCCGGUAUGGAGCAUUAUAAUUAUCGAGCACCAAAACAAUUUGUGGAGGAGGUUUAAAAUAAUUUGUAAUUAGUGUGCCUGUAGUAAUAAAAAUAGUGAAACAUU